GCCGUCACGUGACAAAGGAGGUGGGGGGGGGCGAGGCUGAGGCGGCCGCCGGCGGAGCAGCUGGCAGGUCUUCCCCGCCCUUCUCCAGCAUGGCCUCCUCUUCCUCAACGCCUCGAUGCAACUCAAACUCCUUGGAAAAGGCCUCCAUUAAAAAACCCCUGAAAGAUGGAACUAACUGGGAACACAACGAAGAAAUUCCUCGUCUGCCAGGGGAAACGAGAGUGACAGACAAAGAGGUCAUUUACAUGUGUCCUUUCAGUGGUCCUGUUAAAGGGAGAGUCUACAUCACAAACUACAGGCUCUACUUGAGAAGCGUGGAAUCGGAUCCGACAGUGGUAUUAGACAUGCCUUUGGGAGUUAUUACAAGGAUUGAGAAAAUGGGGGGCGCUUCGAGCAGAGGAGAAAAUUCGUACGGAUUAGACAUUACUUGUAAGGACAUGAGGAAUCUACGCUUCGCUUUGAAACAAGAAGGUCACAGCCGAAGAGAUAUAUUUGAGCUCCUGACAAAAUACGCUUUCCCACAGUCGCAUAACUUGCCUUUCUUUGCUUUUCUGAAUGAAGAGAAGUUUGCGGAAAGUGGCUGGCUGGUUUAUAAUCCUAUGGUUGAAUACAGAAGACAGGGUUUGCCUAAUCUCCAGUGGAGGGUAACCUUCCUCAACGAACACUACGCGCUCUGCGACACAUACCCAUCCCUCCUGGUGGUGCCGUAUAACGCCACGGACGAAGAUCUCAAGAAGGUUUCUGCUUUCCGAUCCCGGUGUCGAAUCCCGGUGUUGUCCUGGAUCCAUCCGGAGACCCAAGCUGUCAUCACGCGCUCCAGCCAGCCCCUUGUGGGCAUGGGUGGCAAAAGAAACAAAGACGAUGAAAAAUACCUGGAAAUCAUACGGGAAACCAACGGGCAGCUCUCCAAACUGACCAUCUUCGAUGCCAGGCCCAACGUCAACGCUGUAGCUAACAAGGCAACCGGUGGCGGAUACGAAAAUGAAGACGCGUAUCCGGAUGCCGAACUGCUUUUCCUGGAUAUCCAUAACAUUCACGUCAUGCGGGAAUCGUUGAAAAAGCUGAAAGACAUCGUCUACCCCCACGUGGAAGAGUCUCAUUGGCUGUCAAGCUUGGAGUCCACCCACUGGCUGGAACAUAUCAAGCUGGUUUUAACGGGCGCCAUCCAAGUCGCUGAUAAAGUGUCUUCCGGAAAGAGUUCGGUCUUGGUGCAUUGCAGCGACGGUUGGGACCGCACCGCCCAGCUCACCUCUCUGGCCAUGUUGAUGUUGGACAGCUACUACCGAACCAUCGUGGGCUUCGAGGUCUUGGUGGAAAAGGAGUGGAUAAGCUUCGGACAUAAGUUCGCAUCGAGAAUCGGUCACGGAGACAAAAACCACGCAGACGCAGAUCGGUCCCCCAUCUUCCUCCAAUUCAUCGACUGCGUCUGGCAAAUGUCCAAGCAAUUUCCCACAGCUUUCGAGUUCAACGAACAAUUUUUGAUUACUAUUCUGGAUCAUUUGUACAGUUGCCGCUUUGGUACGUUUUUGUACAGCUGCGACUCCGUCAGAGAGAAAGAGAAACUGAGCGAGAAAUCCCUGUCUCUCUGGUCCUUGAUCAAUAGCGCCAAGUCAAAAUAUACCAACCCCUUCUAUACAAAAGAAUUGAACCGGGCCCUUUACCCAGUCGCAAGCAUGCGCCACUUGGAGCUCUGGGUGAAUUACUACAUUCGAUGGAAUCCACGGAUUAGGCAGCAGCAGCCUAACCCAGUGGAGCAGCGUUACAUGGAACUUCUAGCCCUGCGGGACGAUUACAUGAAGCGGCUGGAAGAAUUGCAAAUCACGAGCAACCCCAAAUUGUCCAAUUCCUCCUCGCCUUCCUCCUCCUCCUCCUCCUCUUCCUCCCAGAUGAUGUCGCAUGUGCAAACUCACUUUUGAAGGAGAGAGAGAAGCUUGGCUCUUUCUCUCCCGAAACCUCUCGUCACUAAAGCGGUGCUUUAUUCCGACGUGCGGGACAGAGAGAAGGAAAACUAAAAUGCCUUAUCUGAAGCUUCUUCGGAAACGCUUGUCCCCUGCGGAGAGGAUUUGAACCCGGGGGAGCUUUUUAAAAGUGGAUUUUACGUGCCUUCGGAAACCUUUUGCCUGGGAACAUGCUCUCCCAACUGUCCUAAAGCGUUGUUUUGUUGCCGUUUACUUUGGAGCAUCCAAAUAUAUAGUUAAUUUCAGUACUAAUCACCGUUUUGGGGACUAGCACGAUUUCCUUGUCCGUCACCAGGCUGUUACCUCGCUCAGGCUCAGCUGCCUCUCUGUGUAAAGUCUGGGUCAACGUGAUCCUUCUGAACUCAUCCUUCUGUCUGUGGCCCUCGGAGACGAGAAUUUAAAGCCAGACCGGCUGCUAAGACAUUUACGACACCGCGUAAAUUUCCGAUCAAACGCCAUUUUUUAACGCCUAAGGUGACGGCAUCUACAACGGCGAGCUACCAAGAACGGGAAACUGUCCUGAAAAUGUGUGCCUGUUAAGCGAUGGCCUUAUCUACAGAGCAGAUUUAACAUUUAAUUUUUUGAAAAAUGAAGGGAGGUGGUGCUUGUGUGUAUGUGUCACCAUAUCUGCGUGACUGACAUUCUGUAAUGGGUUAGCCUUUCCUGAAAUACAUUAAAACGAUUUGCGGAACGUUUAUGCACUGAAGAAACUUAAAAUCCAGGAGUAAAACAAUUUGGAAUCUUCCUCCUGUUGCUUUGCACUUCGAUUGCUAUUAGCCCUAGAUAACACCGCUAGUAGCAACAAGAUUGUGUAGGAUAUCCGGAGUGCGCUAAGUUGUCCGAUUCCCUACAUUUAAAAUUUGCAGGGUAGGGUUUGUUUGUUUUUUCCUCCUUUUUUUGGUCCUUGUGUUGGUCUUUUUGUCAAAUUUUAUGAUUUGUUCCUUUCAGGAAUCUUUUUAAAACGUAACUUAACGAGCACUUGUAAAAUCAGCACAAUUGAUCUUUUAAUACAUAUUUUGCUUAGGAUAUAAACUUUUAAAGCUGUUUUGGUCAUUUCAGAACAAGCGAAACAUAGGAUUUGGAAGGACUGUUUGUAGCUAACAUGAUUUAUUUUAAAAAGUAUUUGGAAGAGGGGGGUAAGGGGUUACCGUAUGUAAAUUACUUUAUGUGUAAGUUUUGAUCUGCAAAAUAUAAGGCGGAAAUUAUAGGAUCAAUGUGUAAAUUAAGGAUAUGGAAGUCUUUUCUGUAAAGUGUAAAUAAUACGAUUCUAAAGGAUAAAGUCAAACUCCAAAAUAAUUAUAAAUUUCUUAGUUUUAGAGGACAUUGGAAUAUUUUAGGAAUAGUAUAUUUUCAGUAUAAGAGUAAAAAUGGAGCACAUUAAUAGAAUAAAAUUGUAUACUAAGAAAUUUGCACUAUUUCUUCAGGGAUAGACUAAAAUACUUAGUACUUUCAGCUAGGUAGCGCACGAAUUUUCUUUUUUCAUGUUUGUCCUCUAAAAUUUCAUUCUUUGGUGAUGCUCUCCUACAUUUUAUCGCACCUAUCAGCGGGUACUUUGCUAAAGGGAAGUGAGUAGGAGAAAUAUGUAACUUGUAUCACAAGAAACUCAGACUUAACUCAUUAUUCUAUUUUAAACGCCAGAGCAGAAAACUGAAAAGCUAUCCAGAUUCAAACAUAACCGUCAUUUGUUUGCUUGCAAGUUAUAAGAUAUCUCAUUUUUUUUCCCCUUGCUACUCUAAAUCUUUGUGCUUUGUGGUGGUAAAUCCACAAGAAAUACCUGUUUCCUUUGGACUGGGACGAAUAAAUUGAGACACAUUUGUUUGUUUUUUAAAAUAAAACACUACAGCUGUCAACUCUUUGGGGAAAGGAAGUUAAACUAAAGUGGUAAUUUAAAAUGCCUUUGUCUUUUUCAUUACCUGAAUCUCACCGAUUUAUGUUGCCAGCACCAAGGCAUUGGAUCUCGAUCUGUAGAGAAUUUAAUGUUGUUUGGGGGAGGGGGAAGUAUAUAACUUGGUGAAAAUGCUUUUUUUUUUUUCUAAAAAGAAAGAAAACACGACUGGCUUAAUUCAUUAUGAAAUAAAAAUCAAAUAUUUAA